AUGGAAACCCUUGUUCAACACCAGAAAGAAUUGUCGACGUUGCGAUAUCUACGUGCGAGAAAUUUUGAUGUUGCCGCUGCGUUCGAGCAGUUUGACUUCGCCGCAAAAUGGCGCAGGGAAAAUGGAAUUGCGGAGUUUUAUGAUAAUUUGGACGUGCAAAGCUUCGAGGAAUCUAGGAAAAUGACGCGAUCACGAUGGCCGGCCGCUUUAUGUGUUCGCUGUCAAGAACUUCACCAAGAAAAAGUGGAUGAGUAUCUCGCUAAAAUUGAUGCUUGCUCUUCGGUGAAAACCCAAUCUAGGUCCGACUCACCCGGCUAUAUUCUCCAUUCCUACGCGCCGUAUGACCAUUUGAUACAAUUUGUGACUCCCUUGGUGUCGGAAUUCCCGCGGCCAAACAAGAACACACCGAUUUCUGCUUCAACCUAUAUCAUUGAUAUAUCUGGGGUGAGCCUCAAGCAGUUCUUCGCCAUACGAAAGUACGGGCAGGAGUCAAGUGAACUGGCGACUAAACAUUAUCCCGAAACCCUUGGGCGAGUCUUUGAAAGUUUCCUCCCACACAUACAUACCUAUCUGCCGAAACUAAUUGGUCGCAGGUUGUUGGGGCUCCGUAUUUCUUUCGGCAUGAGCCAUUGGUUCGACCCUGUCACUCGAUCGAAAUUAUUCUUGUUGAGUUCGUCGGAAGCCAAGUCCACCUUGCUUUCGCACAUAGAUGCAUCCGAUCUUCCCGAGGAGUAUGGUGGUACACUGAAAUGGAAACUGAAAUGGAAGUGGCAGGAUAUGCCAAACCUCGACGAGCCGAUGCGAGAGUUGGUGAGUGAGCUGUAUGAGUCAAGUAAGCAAGAGGGUCAAAUUGUGAAGGGUCUAGUCAGUUUUCAAGACGGUUGUAUUCAACUCCUAGGCAGGGAGAAUAGGCAGCCAGGCGUAAUCAGCUCUGUCGUGUAUAGAAAAAGUCCCAGCAAUACACAAGUCAUUCCACUCAAUAAGAUUUCCGGGACAAUGCGGAGAAAGCAACAUUACUAA